AUGUCGACGAACCACCACCACCACGCCACCACCGACGCCUUGGUCCCGCCAUUGGACACCGCUGCCAACCACCACGCCAUCGCCGAAGGCGACGCCGACGGCAAACCCCACCACCACGGCGGCCACGCGGGGCAACACCCGCACAACUUCAAGGAGAAGCUCAGCUUCGCCGUCGACUCGGUGGAGAACAAGAUCGAAGAUGCCGCCAAGUAUGUAGGUGAGCUGGUUGCUGGUAAGGAGUCUGGUUCUGCCCACGAGUUUUAG